AUGGCUCGACUCGUCAAGAAAUCUCCAUCGCUUUGUACGGAUCUACCACUGGACAACACUGAUAUUUGUAACAGGCUGCAUUUGCUAAGACAGCUUUUGAGAUCUUGCAUUGGUCCGAGUGGUAGACUAAAACAAGUUCACAACAACAUUGGAGGACACGUUAUAACUACCUCUACCUCUUCAGUUCUCCUUCCAGCCAUUUCUUCCUCACAGCCUUUUAUAAAUCUGAUCAAAACCUCCAUUCUCAACCACGUCUCUCGUUUCAGUGACUGUGGUUUGUUUGCUGCAGUUCUUUGUUUGUCUCUUAUUGAGCAAGCAAAGCAAUCUGGUCUUCGAGGAAACGUGGCUACCACCGUGAACCAGCACUUGUUGGGUCUCUGCACUAGUUACCUACAACGGGAAGACUGUGGUUGUAAAGUGAAGCUCGACUUCUGCAGCAGCCAAAGCUUGAUCACAUUGGCUCGCAGUGUUAUCUCUAGCAAACCAGCAUGUGUGCUAACAGAGCAAGAGGCACUUCACAUCAGCAAGUUGGCUGUACAAGCUUUUUUGCUGACUGUUCCCUGUAACAGCCCGGGUGUAGUCAGUCUUGGCAAAAUAGUGACCGUCUCUGUUGAAGGCCAUUCUGUGCUAAACUCUGCAGUGUUUCCAGGUUUACUGGUAGACAUGCCUGAUGUCUUUUGCCUCGACAAGGUAGAGAACCUGCAUUCAAAUCCAACAUCCAUGGUGUUGUUCAGUGCAUCACUUGCUGGAGACCUUUCUGACCUGGGAGGGAUAAUUGAGGUGCAUCCGGGUGUAGACACAGACUCGCAGAUACUGGAUCAGCUCCUAAAGCUCGGCAAACAGGUGGUUAAAGAUGAGGUGAAGCUCUUUGUAUGCCAGAAGGUCAUACACCCAGUCCUACAGCAACACCUGAGGAGUCAUGGCAUCAUAGUGAUAGAGAGACUGGGAAUCACUCUCAUGGAGCCACUUGCACAGCUGACAGGUGCUCAGCCUGUGGCCACAUUGCACACCACAAUCCCAGCCAAGGCCUACGGGAGGGUGGGGGAUCUCAGUAUUAAGCAGUUUGGAUCCAAGACAAUGCUGCAUUUACAACCUCCUGGGGAUUCGGCAAUCUGUACCAUGAUCCUCUGCCACAGGAACGAGACAAUGUUAAGUGAGCUAAAGGUGGUUUGCCACAAGACUGAACAUGUGUUGAGGCUCACCCUGAGGGAACCAUCUGCCUUACUUGGAGGUGGGUGUACUGAGACCCACUUAGCUGCCUACGUAAGACACAAGAGCACGGACAACGUCACAGAGACAGUAUCUGCACUAGGGUGCUCACAGACAGAGUACCUUCGUGGCGUGGAGGGAUUUUGCCGAUCUCUGGAGUCUGUGGCCGCAGCGCUGGAGCACGACGGGGGGAAUUCUCUAAUGGAUCUGACUCAUGCUCACCACUGGAGUACCCCUGCAAAUGUCAUGGAAGAACGCAUGGAGGGUAGCUCAGGCUUUUGUGGCUGUGGACUGGUGGAAAGUAGCACUAAUCAGAAGUGGACGUACUUAAACACUAAAUACCCACAGUUCUCCCCUGCACCUCUUAUUAGAGUCCCUGCUGUGCAGCCACGUGUGCUUGACUCCUUCACAGCUAAACUCAAUGCAUUGCAAGUUGCUGUAGAAACUGCUAAUCUCGCACUGGAUGUGCGAUAUCUUAUUCAAGAUACGAACUAGCAAAAUAAGUAUUUUAUCCAGUGUGGAACUCUGGUUUAAAAUGAUGAAAAUGAGAAGUAUGCUGUUUUUUAUUUUUCAGUUUAGACACUAGAUGUUAGCAUUGCCUUGAUUGAGUCCUGGUGUCAGUCAGUCAGAAUGUCCUGUGAUUUACCUCAGUUUACCUAAGUUGUGGACUUAUACAUUUAAAAAAAAAAAAACUAGUAUAAAAAAUAUAUUAAAAAUACGUAUUGCUAUACUGUUUGCUACAAUAAUCUGUAUUUACCAGCCUUGCUCUCAGUUCACAUGUGCCCUCUACAUUUGGUGUUCGGCAGGUAACAACCUUUUCUCCGUACACAUUAACGUUUCAUAUUCACCAGCCAUCAACCACCACUUUCACACAUUAACACUUGAACCUUAAGAGUGUAUCCUUUUAUGCUGGUAGGGAACGGUUUACUCCUCGACGCAGCGGGCCAGGUUCGACUCCGACCUGCGGCCCUUUGCUGCAUGUCAUUCCUCCUCUCUCCCCCCUUUCAUAUCUUUAGCUGUCCUGCCAAAAAUGCCAAAAAAAAUUGUCUUAAAAAAGAAAAUGUGUAUACUUUUAUUGAAUGAAUAUAACUCAGCUCCUAUCCAAUUUAUCAAACCUUUACUUUACGUACCAGCAUGUUACGGCUGUUAGUCAGCAGCAGGAGGUGCAAGGUUGCCACAGAUAUUUUUUCAACCAACAUACUGUACAUUAGCACAAAAACAAUCUAGCUAUUGGCUUGCGGUAAUUUUCCACCCUUUUACCCUUUUUUUCUCACAUUCCAGUGUUUCAUAAAAACUGUUACUAGUCUCAACCUGCUACUCUGUAACAUAAACUCGCUACCGGCAAACACAGAGACUAACCUCAGGCCAUUUCAUGUUCCACUUUAAUGCCUUCCUGUUUGCAAAGUGAUGUGUUGGCAGACCGACCAUGGCGGGGGAAAUCUCUGAGCCAAGUCACAAUCAGCGUAAUGAGAUGUA